AUGGAUCAGACAGUCGCCCUUGACGCGGUGCCACCUCUCUCUCCCGUUUCCAGUCAGAGCAGCAACCGCAGCAUUGAAGAAAUUGACGCACAUACCUCGGCCCAGCCGCCGCCGAGCCUCCUCCAAGACUCAUACCACCACCACCACCACCACCACAACCCCGGUAGUAGGAAGCCGGCGUCACUGCCGCAGGAUAAUGAAGACGGCGAGGGCGCGGAGCUGCUGCUGCUUCCCGCGCUACAGGUGGCCAACGGCGACCCGGAUGGCCUGGACCCUAUCGCCGAGGACGACCUCGUCCCGGGCAGCUUCGACCUGGUGACGCCCGGCGACCAACCAGACGGCGGCGGCGCGGAGGGGACGACGGCACCGGCCCCGGUGGCCAGCAAGCACCGGCUGGAGCGCCGCUCCGAGCUGCUCUUCUCGCGGCACCACCUGCACGCCAUCUUCGCCGACGCGGCGCACCUCCACCGCUUCACCAACUACAUGCACAAGCACCGGCCGGCCUCGGUCGCGCUGCUCGGCUACUACCUGGGCGCGCUCAAGGCGCUGCGGGCCAUCGACUACAGCAACGCCGUGCUCCGGCAGCAGCAGCGCGCGGCCGCGCUCCCGGGCCUGGAAGAGUUCACGGCGGAGCUGGAAGGUACGGACAACGGGGAGCUGCGGGACAGGGCGGCGGCGGCGUUUGAGGCGCUCGUGCGGGAGGAACUGCCGGCGUACGUGACGCAUGUCUGGAUCCAGACGGUGUCGGUGUCGAUCCGCCACCGGGUGAUGGGCGGCGGCGCGGAUAGUGGCGGCUCGGAGGGCCUGGCGGAGGUGUUUUGCCUGACGGACCCGUCAAGGACGGACAACCCGAUCGUGUUCAUGUCGGAGCAGUUCAACAGGACGACGCAGUACGGCGUGGAUUAUGUCAUCGGCCGCAACUGCAGGUUCCUGCAGGGCCCCUGCACGAACCCGUUCAGCGUGAGGCGUAUCCGCGAGAAGCUGGAGGCGGGCGUGGAGCACUACGAGACGUUCCUCAACUACAGGCGCGACGGGACGCCGUUUAUGAACCUCGUCAUGCUUGCGCCCCUGUAUGACAGUCGGGGCGCGAUUCGCUACUUCAUCGGCGCGCAGGUCGACGUGUCGGGGCUGGCGAUGAGCUCCUACGACCUCAACGCGCUGCGCGGCUUGGUGGAAGAGAACGGUGAGCUCGACGCCGACGCGCCCCUGCGGGAGAGUCCCAAGGACGAGAUCACCCAGCUCGCCGAGAUCCUGACGCCCAAGGAGCUGGACGUCAUCGGCACGCACGGUGGGAGCAUGCACCGGCUGCCGCUCCAGGACGCCGAGGACGAGCAGCCCACGGCGGCGGCAACGGCGGCGGCGGAGAAGCGCGAGUACGAACCCAGCCACUACCGGCGCGGCACCAAGGAGCGCGUCAUUAUCCAGGACAGCGGCUCGCAGGAGAGCCUCCCCAUGCCGGGCGGCGGUAGCUCCUCGCAGCCGAUGACGGCGGCGACGCUGCGCCACAACGGGCGCCUCACCGGCGUCUACGAGCACUACCUCCUGGUGCGGCCGUACCCGUCCCUGCGCAUCCUCUUCGCCAGCCCGUCGAUGCGCGUCCCGGGCAUCCUGCAGUCGCCGCUGCUCGACCGCAUCGGCGGCUCGUCGCGCGUCCGCGAGCAGCUGGUCGACGCGCUGGCGGCCGGCCAGGGCGUGACAGCCAAGGUCAAGUGGCUGAACGCCAGUCGGAGGAGGACCGCCGGCGCCGCCAGGAAGAAGAAGCCGACGACGAGCAGCCUGAGCCAUCCCCUGGAGGCGCACUUGCAGGCCGACGACGACGGGGACACGCUCUCGGAGCUGGAGCCGGCCGGGAGGUCGCGCUGGCUGCACUGCACGCCGCUGUCGGGCGCGAACAACAAGGUCGGCGUGUGGAUGAUGGUCAUCGUGGACGAGGAGGACUGGAAUUCUCGUCGGUACGGCGUGGUGGCGCCGCCUGUGCCCGCCCCAACACCGACCCAACACCAGCGCCCGGAGACGGCCACCUCAGCACCGGGAACCGCCGUGUCGGGCGUCUCCUUUGCGAUGGGGAGCGAAACUGCUGCUGCUGCUGCGUCCGGUGUGCGGACCGAGGCCCGGCCGCGCCGGUCCUCCGAGACGCUCGGCUACCUGCGGUCCGAGUUUGCCCUGCCGCCGCAAUCCUCGACGCAGGCCAUCCACAACCAACAUGCCGCCUCGAGCGCGCGCGAGCGCGCAGCGCCGAGGUCGCUCUUCGGAAACGGCUCGGGGGCGGCUUCUAGGUUCUUCAGCUCCGAGGCGCUUUCCCGCGCGGCCACGCCGCCGCCCAAGCACAGGCCGGCGUCGCCGCCGGGCAGCGGCAUCCCCAGCGGCCUGUACCGAGUCUUCCCGCGAUCGGAACCGCCGCUACCGCCGUGGCCAACCCGGUCGGACAGCAAGACGAGGGGUGGAGGUGGGGGCCAGGCGGCGGAAGGCGGGAGCAGCAAGCAGCGUGUGGUGUCCAUGAUCCCCGAGGAAGGGUAUGAGAGGUAUACCGGUGAGAUGGUGCGGCGGCGCAGGGAGGAUGACGAGACGAGCUCCCUGCACAGCCAAGGGUCGGCGUUCACGGUGAGGAUCGGGGAGGACUGA